UUCUUUUGUUCUGGAAGUAUAUGGUCCUUUAUUUCAGUAUAUUUUCUUUAUUCACAGAAUAUUAGGCUCGCAUUACACGACCAGUGCACUUACAAUUCAGUAAUCAUGGGGUAAGACUGUUCCAACAUCGCCACAACAGACCAAGUGAGGCCCACUGACAGCCACAAGUGGGGCGCGGGGGGUAUUCAGCGCUUUGAGUUUAGGGUUUGAUAGGCACAGGGUCAUUUUACAGGUUUAGGAGAAAGGAGAAAAAAACCUCCCCUCGCCUUAUUAAAAAAUGAGACUUGAAAAUCUCUAAUAUACGUCUUCAAAACAUGAGAACUCAGGAAGUAACUCCAAGGCGAAUCCUUCUAGGUUUUGGGUUUAAUCUUUCUCCAGCUGGUCUAUUCUAUUCUUGGCCCGCUUUCGUUCCUCGAGAAAUCCUCUUCCUGAGCCAAACUCUGCCUCCUCUAACUUGGUCCUGGCGGGCCCACUCGCGGCGGCGGGGCCCUCCCGGCCAGUCUGCUCCUCCUCCUCCCGCCAGCCGGGACGCCCAGCUGCGGCCGCGCCGCGCGCCCAGCAGUCCGAGCCGGCGACGCGCGCCCUCGGGGCGGCCCCGGGUGUGUUCAGCUGCAGCGCCGCGGCUCACGCCUCCGCGCCGAACCUGCGCGCGCUGUCGGAAGAUGCUGGGCACACUGGUCUGGACGCUCGUGGCGGGGCUCCUGCUGGCGCUGCCGCCCGGCCGCGCGGCGGUGAGGGCGGGCCGGCGCCCGGCGAGGCCGCGGGGCUGCGCGGACCGGCCCGAGGAGCUCCUGGAGCAGCUGUACGGGCGGCUGGCGGCCGGCGUGCUCAGCGCCUUCCACCACACGCUGCAGCUGGGCCCGCGCGAGCAGGCGCGCAACGCGAGCUGCCCGGCAGGGGGCAGGCCCGCCGAGCGCCGCUUCCGGCCGCCCGCCAACUUGCGCAGCGUCUCGCCCUGGGCGUACAGGUUCCACCGUUGGCUGGCUCCAGGACAAGGUGGCAUGGCAGAGGCAGGCAGAAGGCAGCCAGGGCAAAAGCAAUCCAGUGUCAUAUUCUUAAUCCCAGGAUCCCACACCCUAGAUCCAGCCAGUUCCACCUAUGACCUCAAGCUUUCCUCAGACAAUACAAGUUCCUGUCUUCUCCACCUUUCUGGGAUGUCCACUGCACCUUUCGCCGUAGCUUCACAUUUACAACACCCCAAACUGGCCUCUCAAGGGUGUACUACAUGGCCUCCCAAGCCUUCCGAAAUCUGGAUGGAAACCUGCCUGACACCACAACUCCUGCAUACUGCGUGUGCCUAUAACCAGCACCAUGUGGAUGAUGCCAGAGUCUGCUACUAGUUGUAGCCAGGGUUCCUUCUUUCUUGAGUAUAGGAGUCAACUGCCUGGAUUGCGAAGCACAGUGAAUCCAAUCUGAUGAGUAAAUUCUCUAGGCUGCUGCCAUUCUGAAACAAUGCACUUUAAGGCUAUCUUUGGGGCUGCAAAGAGAGAGUCCUGGUAGUUUUUGUGACAUCUCAAGCCACCUUUUCUCUUGUGCUCUUCCUUUUCCAUAGCCACAUUUAUCUCUUCUCCAUCUUUGCAGUCCUCAGCUUUUCCAGAGCUUUUUUUCUGGCCAAAUCCAAAAUGUCUGAAAUCAUUCUGCUGGGUUUCCUGUUCUUGAAGCUCAACAUAAACCUGGCUAAAAGCCCCCCAGUAGCUAUAUGACUGCCUCAACAUUAGAUUGCCUUGAAAUUUCUUCUGCAGUAUUAAUUGGUUGACCAACUUUAAUCUCCAUUUCAGGCAAAGUCUCUGGACAUCAGCAAAAUGCAGAUAAAUUUUCUACCAAAGAAAAACACAUGGUUUAGAAUCCAAUAGCCAAUGCAGCCCUUGUUCCUGAAAUCUCCUGAGCCUGGUCUUUACUGGAUGUAUUUCUAUCAGCAUUCUGGUCUUCUGAGUUUGGACCAGAAUCUCCUGUCAAGUAUAGUUUAAAGCACUCAAGGACUGCUUCUUCAGCCACUGUCUCCAAACCUUGCCAAACUCCUCCACAAGCCACUCCCAAAGGCCCCUGAAGCACAUGGUCAGGUAGUGUCACAACAGUGACCCCACUCCUGGCACUAAAACCACUCAGUCAGUGCUUACUAGAGAAACAGAUUUAACCCAAGAUACACAAAUACGUAAGAAUUUACAAGACUGACUUACAAGGGCUAUUCAGAGGCAGGUGUUAAAAAGUGUAAAAGGGGGUGGGGGCUGGAGAUUUAGCUCAGCAGCAUAAGUGCCUGCCUUGCAAGCAGGCAGUCAUGAGUUCGAUCCCCGGAACUGAUAAAAAUGAAAAAGACCAAAAAAAAAAAAAAGUGUAAAAGGGCUGUCUGUGCCCUUGAGAUCUGAGGAUAUAGUCAAAGACCUGAAGCUCAGUGUAGUAUCCUAUGGAGGUCCAUAUCAGGAUGCUGAAGGCCUGCAAUUGAAGGUUUAAGGUUCUGUGCUAGAGACUGAAGGGUCUGUGCUGGCAGCCAGGAGACAAUUUCCAAGGUGAAGUAAAAACGGAUUUCCUCCAAAGUCCCUUUUAUAUCGCUGAGGUAGCAAGCCUAUUGGUUGCUGUCACACACACACCCAGUAAAUCACAGAAAAUCUUCACUAACUCCUUUGACCACACCCAAAACUAUACUAUAAUGGCCAAUUUAGUCGGCCAUUUCUUACUCAAAUUGGCAGAAUCAGUUAAGUAUCAUAUUCUUCAAGCAACAAAAACCUUGUACAUAACAACCACUGAUAAACCUGUGUAUUUUCACCUAUUACCAAUAGUGUAACAGGGAUUUAUAUGCUGAUUUUACUAAAAGCACUGACUGCUGCAUCUGUAGAUGCCCAAAUGGGCAACUAAAAUCAGAAUAAAAACUCCAACAUCUUUGUUUUCACUCUGAUCUAUCCUUUCUUUGAGUCAUUACCUCCUGCAGCCAACAGGAACCACAGGCCUGAUGAAUAAACAUCUUGUGAUAAGGAAGUAUUCACCUAGGCAGCACUGACUUUAUCAAGACAGAGCUCUGACCCGACCAUCCCGAGGUAAUGAUUGACCAGCCCACAGCUGGACUAGGACUGCUGAAUUACACAUAUUUCAUGCUAUAUAACCUUGGAGCUCUUGUUAGUGCCCCCUCACCCCUGCCAAGAAACAAUUCUGCUGAGAAGACCCUUGUCUUCCCAGGACAGCUAUACUGAGUAACUGCUUUCCUGCCUCUGUGUCCCCCACCUGUCACUAGAGACUGCCCCCAUGGCUUCACACAUACUGGGUAAACACUCUACCACUGAGCUUACCCUUGCCCUGCUUGCCUGCCUUUUACCAUUACUUUUUCUAUUUGGUGUAGGAGCAAGUGGCCAAACUUGAUUUACUGGGACUCCCUGAAGUGUCAGGCCCUGCUCUGGCAAAAAUAGUGUGGUGAUUCCUUUCUGCUUUCCUUCAUUUAAGACUUACUAUGUAAAAGCUAGCUAAUAAAAGUCUGGUUACACAAAUUAAACUCUUUAUGAAUGUGUAUUUGCUACCUAGGAAGGCAAAAAAAAGCACAAGUUACAUACGAUAUGAUUAGAUCUAUAUAAAGUUUAAAGACAAAUAAAACUAUGUCACUUAAGGAAGUAUAUGCUCCUCUAUUUAUUUAUUUAUUUUUUAUCGGUACCAGGGAUCGAACUCACGACCGCCUGCUUGCAAGGCAGGUGCUUAUGCUGCUGAGCUAAAUCCCCAGCCCCUACUCCUCUAUUUAUUGAAGGCAGAUGGAUUUUAUUGCAAAAAUCUCCCCAAAUAGAAAACUACAUGGUAAAGAAGAAAUAGUAAGAAAAUCAGAAGAAAACUACUUCAGAAAAUACAGAAAAAUACAAAAAAAAAACCAAAAACCGGAAAUCAGAAGAAAAAUACUUUCCACAUAUUUUAUGAUGUCAGCAUAGAACAUAAGACAAUGCCUGUAAUCCCUGCACUCUGGAGGCUGAGGCAGGAGGAUCAUCAUGAGUUGGGGUCAACUCCAAGUAUUGUCAAAACAAAAAUCUGUGAUGUGACUUUUGUGUGUUCACAAUGACUUAAAAAGAAAAUAUGAACAAUUUUGGCCUUUAGUUUGGCCCUGUUAUGCCAAAGAAACAAACAACAAAAUUUAAAAUAAUAGAACAGGAGAUGGCAGAGUAAUAAGUCACAACAAAUCAACCUAUCUAAGAUUCAGAAUCCAGACAGUGAGAUAUAACAACUUGGAAGAAAGGAAGGAAGGUAGGCUGAUCCUCAGGACCCAGCAGAAGUCUGAAUCUGAAGGGAGAACUGGAACCCACAGAGAAAAUAAGGAGACACAACACAGAAAAAUGAGGUGGCAAUCUGUACUUUCUCCCCAGCUCCUCCUGGCUAUUGGCAUAAGAAGACUGAAUCUGCAGAGAUUCCGUGAGGGUGGGUGCCUCCAGAGGCCUGCAGGGAGAAACACAGCAGUGGAGCAGAACAGUGGAUGCUAUGUGCUACAACAGCUGGGAGGUGACUGCAGCCCAAGUGUCUGCAUGUCCUCUAGAGACAGUGCCUGGCAAGAGGCCAUUUAGGGAAGAGCCAGCUGAACAAGGGACCCAGCGCAGCCAUUCAUCCUAGGGCUCCAGAUGUUGGAAUCCCACUGUGCCUGGAUGAAAGAGGACUGCAGAGUCCAGGGUCGGGGAUCAGAGGGCAGGCUGAGAACAGACACCAGAGUGUUGCAGGCUGAAUGAUUCAGGCCCUGACCCCACAACCAGAGGCCAGGAUCAGCGUGAACUGUGAAGAUGAAGCACCAGAAUAAGCACUCUGCACUAUUCUUGUUGGAAACUGGUGGGAGUAUCCAGCACCCCACACUAAUCCCACUGCAGGCUUGCUGGGAUCCUCCAGCACAGAUUGGCCUCUGUCUGUCUCCUUGUUAGCCAGUGCCAAGAGAGACGUCUCCAAAUUAGAUACUACUACAAAACUGCAGACCCCAGACAAUAACAUGGGCUUGAAAUAACAGAGAACUCUCUUGCUUUUCUUUUUUCAUUGCUUUUUUUUUCAUUGCUUGUUUUUUCAUGAGUAUGAACACUAUUUCCAGUUUUUGUUUGGUUUGGUUUUGUUCUUCUUUGUGUUUUUCCUUCUUUCUUCAUCAGUUUUCUGUCUUCUUCAUCAGUUUUCUGAAUGUUGGGUAAUCUUUCUUUGUCCUUCAGCCUUGCUUCUACUUUCUUUUUCUUCUUUUUUAUUUCUCUAUUUUUUUCUUCUUAUCCCUUUAACAUUUUCUCACUGAGGGUGAAAUCACUGUACUGAGGGGAUAUUUACUAUGCAUAAUUUUCUGAUUUAAAUUUUUUAUAACUAUAAAAUCUUGUACUCUAGUUUAAUGUGGCAAAUUAAUAAAGUUUGUCAUUUUCUACA